GUGGUCGAGGUGGAGUUAAUAUCCGGGCAGACCUACUCCGUUCCUGAUAAGGACAGAGCGACCUUGACAACUUCAGUGGCCCAGGUUUUUCAAAAGAGGGAUAAAAUGAGUAAGAGGAAAAAGCUUCGGACUUCAGGAGGAGAAGGAGUCCGUCCUCCGAAGGCCCCAAAGAACCCAAGGCUAGGAGACUCUGACAGGCCCCCCCAGAAUUCUGAGUGGGGCUCUUUGUGUCUCCCUGAAGAGUCAGAAAGCACAUCAGAACCCGUUCCCUCUACAGAGCAGAAGACGGAGGAACCAGUACAGACAGCCUCCAGCUCCCAUGAUGAAGAAGCAGGAGCUCCCUCCAGGCUCCUCGGGCAACCAGAAAAGGAGCCAGUUCCUUCUCCUCUUUCCCAGAACCCAGCCAGGAGGUUUGUCCCCCAGUUUGCAAAACCCAGGAAGACAGUGACAGGACAAGCAGAGCCGAGAGAAGAGGACCUCUGGGACGGAGCCCCUAAAAUCAGCCAGGAGACACCACCAGAGCCCAGUGCCCAGCAGGCCAGAAGCCAGCCGUGGGAGGAAUCCCUAGGGCUUGCUCCCUGGGAGGCCAGGGAGCUGAGUGCCCAGACCCAGAGAGACAGCACCCACCCUGAGCACAGAGACCGAAAGCCCAUGACACAUGUGCCUGGCAGUGGGAACCCUCAGCCCUCAGCCUCCAUUGAUGCCUCUCCAGAAUGGGGGACAGUGCCCUUGGCCUCCAAGAGGGCCAGCCAGGACCACGUGUUGGAGCAAGUAACAAACACACCAGAGGGUGAAAGCCGGGAAGGGUGUUGGGUUCUAGGCUAUCAUGGCCAGAAAGGUCCCCGGCUGAGCGGUGGUGCUGCAGAGAAGGAGUCAGAACAAGGGGCACUCCAGAAAGCAAGUCCCCGAGGGGGAGUAGGGGCUGACCUGCCUGAGGGGCAUCAGGAGGAAGGAGACAGUGUCGUAGGUCCUAUCACUCAGGGCCCGGAGCCCAGAUCUGCAGCCCAGGGCCUCCCUGACACCUUGGAUAUAACCAGUGAGACUGGCAGGGAAGCAGAACAGAGUUGUAGCAGCCCAAGACACUCCUCCCUUGGGACCGUUGUCAUCAAAGAUCUGAGCACACACCCCACUGAGCCAGAACAGAGGGCUCUGGAGGUUAUCGGGCCAGAUGAGCAGGCCAACACGAGGGCACCUACUUGUCCCAGUGGGAAGGCCCCUGAUAGAGGCUGCAGUGGGACCCUGCUCAGUGGCACACCUCUCACUGGGGGGACAGGACAUAGAGGGGAGGCAGGGUGGGAAGACAAGCUCCCUGGCAACAUUCUAGGGGGCCCUGCAGCCUGCCUGGCUCUGGGUCACAGGAUAAGAGAGCCCACGAUAGGUGCAGAUUUCAGUCUUCUAGCCUCGGAAAUGGGCCCAAGUAUUAAUCAGACAAAGGUGCCUGGCCUGGAUCGAGAGGGGCUGGGAGGUGUGUGUGCACUGCCUUUGCUGUUGCAGUCCACAGGUAAAAAAGCAGUUGAGUUAGGUCGCCAGAGCCCUGAACAAGACCUUGAGGGAUUCAAUCUGUCUCUUGGAGCCUUUGCUCCACCGGUGCACAGAGAAGCAGUGGGUGGCCCUUCGCAGGAGACCAGGGCCUGCCAGGACAGCAUAGAUGUCCCUGCGGACCCCACAGGCUGGCAUGAGCCCCCUCCUGGCUCUGCAGACCAGGCUGUGUUGGGAGAGUCCCCAGCCAUGGAACCUGACUUCCUGCCAGACAGCCAGAUACGGAAUGCCCUGGAAGCCCCUGACUUCGAAGCCUCACCUGAGCAGAUACUGCAGGAUGAGCAGGAGGCAGUGCCACGCCUCAGCCGCCAGGAACAGAGCCAUCGUCCAACACGGAUCAGCCCUACAGAAAGCACAGGCUCGGCAGGGGAUACCAGGUUGUUUCCUCCCGGGAGCAGGCUGGCCUCUUGCUGGCCUGGCACAAGCCCACAUGCUGAUGGAAGGCUUCUCACGGAGCUCCAGCUGAGGACCUGUGUACGCAUCAAAGGCUGUGAGGCUGCCAGGAUGGAGGAUGCAACAGACACCGUGCUGGGUCUCGUUGUUGAGCUCUCCCACCUGAACCGGCUGAUCAUGAGCACCCACCGGGACCUGGAGGCCCUCAAGCGCCUCAGCUACCGGAAAGCGAAGGCGAGGCUGGCAGGGAAAGCCCUGGCACCCUAUACAUCAAAGGGGGCUGGGAAUCUCCCUCCAGGGGAGCGGUCCUGGAGGGAUUUGUAGAUUACUUCCAGACACCACCUCAGAAGCACCUUGUGCUCAGCGCCUGUGUGCUUCUGCUCUGCGCUGGCCCCAGAAGUGCUGCUGCCAAACAGCUGGGAGCAGUCCCUCAGCAGACCCCAGAAAGCCUGCGGGGCCCUGUGUGCCCCCUGGUUUAUCCUGUAAGAUGCUCCAGCAGGCCCUAGUGGGCCCCGGAAGCCUCCCCUCAGACAACCCGGAAGUCUGCUUCCCAUGGGAAACCUAAGAGGCCAGGCCCAUGUCAACAGCCUCUGAGGAAUGUAACUUGUUCCCUCCUGGGGCUACAGCAGAGGCCACAGGCACGAGGCUGGCUGUGCCCCCCGCACUCCGGAAGCCAGCUGCUUCUGAACAGAGCCGAGCCACCCAAAUGUUUAUCUGGAUUUGCAAAUUUCGUUCUUUAUCUUGGAGGUUCAGAAUUUGUUUUUCUCCUGGUAGAGAA